AUGCAGGUGAAAUGUCUUGCCUCCAAGGAGCUGCAGGGGUGUCGACCAUCUCUUCAGAGUGAAUACCACACAGAUGGGCCAAUGUGCCUGAACUGCGUGCAACUGCUGUCAGCUUCUGCUGAUCUGAAGAAGAAGUUUUGUAAAGUUAUCAGGACUUUACCUCAUGAAGAUCUCCUCACCCUCACUGAGUACUACAAGGCCGAGCUGGCAUAUGUGAUGACAUACAACAUCACCAGCAUCCUGCAGAACCUGGCCACAAAGCAUAUCCUCACCAAUGAUGAGGCCAAGAGAUUCAAAUCUAAAGAAAAAUCUGAAGGGGGUGUGGAAGCCUUCAUCAAUGAUAUGAUGAAGAAGGACAGAGUAUUGCUCAGCCUAUGGGUUGGGCUGGCUGAAGAACUUGUGCGAUUUCCAUCACCAAACCUAACCAGAAUACUAGAGGAGGUGACACAAGGGGGACUGGAGCUUUCAAAGGACAUUCAAGAUAGUCUCAAGGCCCCCCUCAGCGAGCCUCAUGUUAAAGGUCUCCAGGACAUGCACAGAACCACUCUGCUUGAAUCUGCAAAGAAUCUGAAGGCACAGCCUUCACUUGGUGUUCCACUGGUUAUGGAUGAUGUAAUCUUUGAGACCCGUUACACAGAGCUGGUGGUCAUUAAUCAGUACGGAAGGACCCAAAUUGAGACUCAGUUUGAACUUGGGAAGACUGGAAGGACACAUGCAGAGCUGGUUGAGGAGCGAGCAAAAGAGAAAUGUGAGCAAAUCUGGACUGAGCAGCUUUUCAGAAGGUGUCCCAGAAAUAGGACUGCCCCGAAGAUAGUGGUGGUCAGUGGAAUGGCUGGAAUUGGGAAAUCCACAAUGGUACAGAAGAUUAUCUUUGACUGGGCCAGAGGCUCUCAGUACAGAAGGUUUGCAUUUGUGUUCCUGUUUAAGUUCAGGGAUCUAAACAUUCUAGAGGAGAAGGAGCCACAGAUGCCUCUGACCAGGUUGAUUGUGAGGCAUUAUGAACAUCUCAAUGAUGCAAGACAGACAGUAAGAGAAAUCCUGCAGAAGCCUGAGUCUCUCCUGUUUAUAUUUGAUGGACUGGAUGAGUACAAACACAACCUUGACUUUACACAGAGACGGCUCUGCUCAAAUCCAGAGGACUACUUUCCGAUUCACAUUCUGGUCACCAGCCUGGUCAGCAGGACAUUGCUGAAGGGCUGUUCAGUCCUGAUCACAAGCAGACCAACCACUCUGGAGCCCCUAGAUAUGGACAGAGUUGAUCGGCACACAGAGAUUCUGGGUUUCUUCCCUGAACAAAGACUGAUGUACUUUAAGAAGUUCUUUGGUGAUGCCAAUCUGGGCAUGGAGGCUUUUCAGUAUGUUGAGGAGAAUGCCAUUCUCUACACCUUAUGCUUCAAUCCCUCUUACUGCUGGAUUAUCUGCUCACUGUUGAAGAGCCACUUCAGUACACCCAAAGAAGAGCAUAAAGCAGCACCCAGAACCGUCACUGAGCUCUUUGUCAUGUUCCUUUACCACAUCCUAACCAAUCAUAAACGAGAAGCUGAUGACAAGCGGGGGAUUUUGGUGAAACUGGGAAAGAUGGCUUAUUAUGGGGUGGCCAAUAGGUUUCUGGUGUUUUAUGAGAAACAAGAGAUGUUCACCUUUGGUCUCCAGCCAGUUCUGCAAUCCGCAUUCCUCUCUGGGUUCCUGAAGGAAAUCUUGCAGCGAGAGAGUACCCAUGAGUGCACAACGUACACUUUCUUCCACCUUAUCUUGCAGGAGUUCAUUGCUGCCUGCUCCUUCUUCCUCGACUCAUGUGGGAAUAUUGAUGAGCUACUCAGAAGGCUGGAUUCCUGUGAAGAUUGCAGAUUUGAGACUUUCACACAGUUCCUGGCAGGAUUUGCUAGGCCAACUGUGUUUAAAGCACUAGAGGGAAUCCUAGGAGAAUUAGAGAGAAAGCCAGCAGUGCGGGUCCUGGAUUGGGUGAAGCAGAAAGCUGAACGGGCUCUACGGGGUGAAGAUAAAACUAAAGCUCUGCAAGUUUUACAGUGGCUCUUUGAAACUCAGAAUAAGAAAUUAAUACAAGACUCAAUUGGCAAAGAUUUAAAUCUGAAUCUUAGUACAAUAAAUGUGUCUCCUCUGGACUGUGCAGUGCUCGGCUCAGUCAUCAGCUGUUGUGGAGAACUUGAGGUUCUUAAUCUUUCAUACAUACAUCUCAGUCCUGAGUGCAUCAAGAAGCUGAUGUCGGGUCUCAUUUGCUGCAGAUGUAUGAAGCUUCAGUCAUGUGGUCUCACAUCUGAAUGUUGUGAGGCUCUUUUCUUGGUUCUGUGUGCUGAACGCUCACACCUAACUGAGCUGCUGCUGGGAAACAAUCAAUUGGAGGAUUCAGGAGUGCGUCUCCUCUGUGAAGGGCUAAGGAAUCGAAACUGUCAUUUACAAAAACUGAGUCUGGCAUCAUGUAAUCUCACAGCUCGAUGUUGUGAAGCUCUCUCCAAGACACUCUGUGCAAAACACUCACCCCUAACUGAGCUAGAGUUAGGAAAUGUUAAACUGGGAGACUCUGGAGUGCAUCUGCUGUGUAAGGGGCUCAGGAACCCAAACUGUAAAUUAGAGAAACUGAGGCUGUGGUCCUGCGCUCUUACCUCAGGUUGCUGUGAGGCACUGUCCUUAGCUCUCUGUGCACAUCACUCUCACUUGACCGAACUGGAGCUGGGAAACAACCUCCUGAAUGAUUCAGGAGUAAUUCUAUUGGCUGAGGGACUGAGAAACACAAACUGCAAAUUGGAGAAACUGAAGCUGGACUCGUGUGAUCUCACAUCCAGAUGUUGUGUGGCUCUCUCCUCUGCUAUCUGUGCAGAACACUCAAAUCUGACUGAGCUGAGCUUGAGAAUCAAUAACUUGGGCGAUUCAGGAGUGCGUCUGCUAUAUAAGGCGCUGAGAAGCACAAACUGUAAAUUAGAGAAAAGCCAAGCAAAAUGACACCUUUUAUUGGCU